UGCGCGCUGCUUCCGGGUCAGAGGCCAAACGGUGUGGCGCCGCUUGGGUCAUGGUGCAGCUGCGGCCGCGCGUGUCCCGCACCCCGGCGUCGGCGUCGGCGAUGGUGGACGAGGGCCAGCCGGCCUCGGAGGAGGAGGCGGAGCACGGACUGUUGCUCGGGCAGCCCAGCAGCGGCGCGGCUGCCGAGCCGCUGCAGGACGACGAGGAGGGGGACAGUGAGUUUGACGAGGACGAGGCCCCGGAGGAGCUGACUUUCGCCAGCGCCCAGGCAGAAGCGAGAGAAGAAGAGCGGCGAGUUCGGGAGACGGUGCGCAGGGAUAAAGCGCUGCUGAAGGAGAAGAGGAAGCGACGCGAGGAGCUGUUCAUCGAACAGAAGAAAAGAAAACUCCUUCCAGAUACUGUCCUAGAGAAGUUAACUACAGCUCCACAGACUACCAUAAAGAAAUCACCCGGGAAGUUGAAAGAAGUUAUUUUGCAAAAGAAAAAUGAAGAAUGUGAAAAAGGAAGUGACUCCAAGAAAACUAAAGAAAAAGUGCAAAAAGUACAGUCUGUUGGCCACAAUAAAAGCUACUUGGCUGUAAGGCUCAAAGACCAAGAUCUGAGAGAUUCAAGGCAGGAAGCAGCCAAAGCCUUCAUACAGAAUUGUUUAUAUGGUCCAGGAACCAACAGAACGACUGUAAAUAAGUUCCUGUCUCUUGACAACAAGAGGUUACCAGUGAAAAAGGCUGCAGCCCAGUUUUUGAAUAACGCUUGGGGAACCCAGAGAAAACAAAAUGCCAAGAGGUUUAAAAGACGGUGGAUGGUCAGAAGGAUGAAAACUUCUAAGAAGUAAAUCAGAGCUAAAUGAAGAACGAGUACUUUGUAUGUAUAGAACUUAGGAUUAUUUAGUGAAUUUUUCUGAAAAAAUUAACAAAUCAUUUAUACAUCAUCUUAAAGGCUCGUUAAUAAAUCUAUUUGGGAAGUA